CGAACCCUAGUUCAAGCAUCCUUCAACCAAACACAUCCAAACUUCUUCCCCUUCCAACCCACCAAACGUGCAAACUAAUCUCAAAUCUAGCCCUCCGUACCCUGCUCCCUCUCCUUCCCUCCCUCCCCUGCGACGCCGGCUCCCUCAGCCAUGGCAUCAAGAUUGGUGGUUACCUAGUCCUCCUUCCUGUGGCGGCUCUACUCGCGGAGGCGCGGCAUGGCGUCGCCGCCGCUGCCGUCGCAGAUUGUGGAGCUCAACUGCAAGGUGUGCUCCGGCUGCUAUCCCGCUCUUACGGUUUGAUUUGGUUACUGCUCCUGCUGCUGGUGGUGCAAUGUGCUGUGAGGUUACUGCUACAGUGCUACCUAAAUGGUGGUUUUGGUGGAUGCGUGUCGCAGGUGAUGGAGGAAAAGCUCAAGAGUCUGGGCUCUGAGGUCAACCGCCAUGAAGAUAACCUAAGGUUCCUCAAGUCCGAAAUCAAUGCCAUUGAAGAGGCGUGCGUCGACCUGGCAAUGCCUGUGCCUCUAUAGUGUUCUAAACCUGCAACUUUUCUCAGUUAAACUUGGGAAUUAUCAUUCAUCCGUCGCUGCCGUUAUGAAUAAUGAUACUUCUGCUCAAGAGGCUGAAGAGCGUACUGUUCGAAGUAUACUUGAUCAGGACAGGACAGCAGCUGCCAUUAUAUGCCAGCUGAAGCUCCGUUCUGAGCUAGCAUCAAAGAUGCCACUGAUGAAAGAUAUCCUUGGUUUUGUGGCUACGUUGGGAAAAGUAAACAAUGAUAACCUCAGCAGGCUUCUCGCAGAGUACUUGGGGAUGGAUAAUAUGCUUGCUCUGGUCUGCAAGACUUAUAAUGGUGUUAAGGGUCUUGAGAAAUACGACAAGGAUGGCAUCAUUGAUAAGAGCAGUGGCAUACAUGGACUGGGUCGUUCUGUAGGAAAAUUGCUGAAUGGAAGGUUCACUGUCUUUUGUCUUGAAAAUUUGAGGCCAUUUUCUGGUGAUGUUAACAUUGAUGAUCCGCAGAGAAAGCUUAUUUUGCAUAGACCAAGGUUUCCUGGUGGGGAGUCUCCUGCUGGUUUUCUGGAUUUUGCAGUAAAUAUGAUUCAUCUGGACCGAGCACACUUGAGUUGCCUCACAGCCAGUGGCCAUGGUCUUAGGGAAACUUUGUUUUACAGUCUGUUUUCUCAUUUACAAGUUUAUAAGACCAGAUCUGACAUACAACGUGCUCUUCCUCUGAUAAAUGAUGGUGCUGUUUCUCUAGACGGUGGUAUACUGAAACCCAAUGGCUCAUUCUGCCUUGGCGAUAGCAAAAAUCUUGAAGUAAAAUUUCCUGUAAGCCUUGAGGUUUCAAGUUCACCUGAAAAUAUCCUUGAAAUGGAGGGGCAAGUUAAACUUAAGAAUUGGGAGAAGGAAAGGCUUCUUGAGGAUAUGAAAAGAGAAGAAGAUUUGCUGAAGGAAGUUAAGGAAUUAUACAGCAAGCAGAAGCAAGAGCUCAUGGAUUAUCUCACUCGACCAGAGUUGACACAGGCACCACAUGAUUCGUCAACAAUUCCUUCACCAGCAACUCCAGGAAGUAAUCCAUUUGGAGCCAAACCCUCCCACAAGCGCCGGUAUUAGAAACAUUUAGCGGCAUCCAUAUUUUGUUGGCAUCCUUAUUUAGUUGCUCUGGAGUCAUGCCUGCAGCACCAAGCAACUAUUUGCCACAAUCGUGGUGUUAUUUUGUGGAGGAUAAUAGGAAGUACACUGUUAGCUGGGAGGCCUGUUUAUUUGCUGUUUGUAGUAGAUGGCAUACCCUGCUACUUUAUCCUUUUGCUAGUUCUUUGUAUCUUCUCAUAAGUUGAAGGGAAGAUGAUAGAAGAUGUUCUACCUAACGAAAUUGAAGAAAACAGUUGAAGGAACAUGCAGAUGACAUGUAGUUUCUCCAUUACCUUAAAGGCACUAUUGGAUGAUGGCUGGACCUUUUGUUUCUCCUA